AUUAUCACAAAUAUUUUUUUUACUGAAAUAGAAAGAAAAUAUAUUAUAUAAUUUAAACAAUAACCGAAAUGGGGACCAAUUGCAAUUUUUUUUGACAAGGGUUUGUGUCACUGAAAAACCCAGAAUGUAGAUUCUGUUUUUCAUUCACGGGCAACAACAAUGCCUUAUUAUUUACAAAAAUGUCAUGGCACUGGUAGGAUGCCGUUCUCUGAGCAUCACAAGGCUGUAUAGCUGCCAUUUUUAUUUCAGCUUUUGCUUCUGAUGGUUUGUUGCAGAGGAAGUGCAGACAUCUGGAUAGGAAUCAUAUAAUUAGUGGCUAGAAGGCAGUAGUCGAGACAUACAGUGCUGCGAUGGAUGCAAUUGGUGUUUCCUACUCAAACCCAUUGGAGGACUACGAGAUGAUUCACCGAAUCGGUAGUGGUACAUACGGAGACGUAUUUAAGGCACGAAACAUCAAGACAUCUGUGAUCUCUGCAAUCAAAGUUGUAAAACUAGAUCCUGGUGAUGACAUCUUAUCUAUCCAGCAGGAGAUUACCAUGAUUAAAGAAUGCACUCACAAGAACAUUGUGGCCUAUUUCGGCAGCUACCUCAGAAAUAACAAGCUGUGGAUCUGCAUGGAGUACUGCGGAGGAGGUUCCCUGCAGGACAUUUAUCAUGUUACUGGCCCCCUGAAUGAGAGGCAGAUUGCAUAUGUGUGCAGGGAAACACUACAGGGACUCCAUCACUUACAUGAGACUGGGAAAAUGCAUAGAGACAUAAAGGGAGCAAACGUUCUUCUGACAGAGCGAGGAGAUGUCAAACUGGCGGAUUUUGGCGUUGCAGCUGAGAUCAACGCCUCUGUUGCCAAGAGGAAGUCAUUCAUAGGCACGCCUUACUGGAUGGCACCUGAGGUUGCAGCAGUGGAGAAGAAAGGUGGCUACAACCAGCUAUGUGACAUCUGGGCAGUGGGCAUCACUGCUAUCGAGCUGGCAGAGCUUCAGCCUCCCAUGUUUGACCUGCACCCCAUGAGAGCCUUGAUGAUGAUGUCAAAGAGCAGCUUCCAGCCACCCAAACUAAAGGACAAGACCAAAUGGUCUGCAGACUUUCACAGCUUUGUGAAAAUAUCCCUCACCAAGAACCCUCGCAAGAGGCCCAGUUCGGAGAAACUGUUACAGCACCCCUUUGUGAGUCAGCUGCUGACCAGGACCCUGGCCAUUGAACUGCUGGACAUGGCCAGCAACCCUGUUCUGCAAAACACACACUCUAUGGAUGAGAGUGAUCUUGACACAUGCAGUGCAUUCCCUGAUAAGAUCCAUUCCUUAGCGAAACACCUGCCGGUCCAAAGGACUCAGUCUGAGGAGCAGUUUGAUCUGCUGAAAUGUGGGCCUCCCAUGAGGAAUCAGACUGAGCUCUCUCCUGACCUGGGAUCGUAUGACGAAUGGAGCAUUACAGGAGAUGAGAAGAACUCACCAAGUCUACUGGAGUGUGUUGAGGAAGCGUUACUUGAAAGGAGGUUAACCAUAAAGAGAGCGCCCUCUGCUGAGCACUCUCCUGAAGAUGAGGAUAUGGAUAAAAGUGGUACCGUGAAGCGGAGUGCGGUCCUCAGCCCUGCCUUAAGGCAUACCAUCUCCCCAUCUGCUGACUCAACUCUUCCCACUGUCACACCUCCAGUCACAGACUCCGCCCUGGCUGAACCCUCUUUCUUCAACUCCACCAUCUUCUCUGACCUCUCCCUUUCCUCCAACUUCUCGUUUGAAGAGGGCAGUGAGCCAGAGGGACGUUGGCCGGGAGAGACACCCUACAUGGCCCUGGGGCCCCCACUGUCUCCAGAAUGGAGCACACUGAGGAGGAAAACUGAGGACUCGAGAGGUGAUUGCCAUGGACUUCCACCCACGCCCAAAGUCCAUAUGGGGGCUUGUUUUUCCAAGGUGUUUAAUGGCUGUCCAUUGAAGAUUCACUGUGCUGUCACAUGGGUCCUGCCAAAGACUAAAGAUCAACACCUCAUCCUGGGGACGGAGGAGGGCAUCUACACCUUGAACCUCAACGAGCUCCAUGAGGACACCAUGGAGAAGUUAUUACCCCAGAGGUGCAGCUGGCUGUAUGUCAUGAACAACGUGCUAAUGUCUAUCUCAGGGAAAUCAUCCCAGCUGUGCUCCCAGAGGCUGACUACGCUGUUUGACCAUAGACACCUGCAGAAGAGGCAGGGCCACCUGUACAUCAACGCCCACCGCCUCACUGAGAGGAUCAACUCAAGAAAGUUUUCUGUGUCUGGGAAGAUAUCCGACACCAAAGGCUGUCGACGCUGCAGUGUUGUGCAUAACCCGUACACUGACAGCACAUUUUUGUGUGCUGUUGUACCAACUGGCCUUGUCCUACUUCUAUGGUAUGAGCCUCUUCAGAAGUUCAUGCAACUCAAGGAAGUCGGGGCACCACGGGAAAAGGUUUGCAGUCUCUAUUUCCCGAAUCGACUCUUCAGAUAUUUUCAUAUCUUAUCGAGUACAGUCUUCUUUUAAUGAUUGUUAAUCUUUACCUUCUGUUAGUCUCAUUCCAAACGUCGUAAAAUUAUUGGUUAUCUGCACGAACCCUAGCUUAAAUUAUGAAUCAGCGAUAUACAAAUUGGCUUAAUUAUUUAUUUACUAACUAACUAAUCAAAUCACAGAAAUACAGGAAAACACACAAUUUAUUCAUACAUUGGGUUGCUACAUGAAACAAAGAAAAAAUCCUUAGCGGGCUAAGCCGAUAUGACAGCUUGGUAGACAAAAAGAAAGGGGUGGGACUGAGAGAGCAGGAAAGACAAAUGGAUUCACUACACACAGUCUAUAAUUAUAUUCAUUGAAAUGCUAAUCCUUUGUACAUGAACUGCCGCUCAUUCGAGAAUAAUUGCAAUGUACAGUUGAAGUCGGAAGUUUACAUACUUAGGUUGGAGUCAUUAAAACUAAUUUUUAAACCACUCCACAAAUUUCUUGUUAACAAACUGUAGUUUUGGCAAGUCGGUUAGGACAUCUACUUUUGUGCAUGACAAGUACUUUUUCCAACAAUUGUUUACAGUCAGAUUAUUCCACUUAUAAUUCACCUUAUCACAAUUCAUGUGGGUCAGAAGUUUACAUACACUAAGUUGACUGUGCCUUUUAAACAGCUUGUAAAAUUCCAGAAAAUUAUGUCAUGGCUUUAAAAGCUUCUGAUAGGCUAAUUGACAUCAUUUGAGUCAAUUGGAGGUCUACCUGUGGAUGUAUUUCAAGGCCUACCUUCAAACUCAGUGCCUUCUUGCUUGACAUCAUGGGAAAAACAAAACAGCCAAGACCUCAGAAAGAAAAUUGUAGACCUCCACAAGUCUGGUUCAUCCUUGGGAGCAAUUUCCAAAUGCCUGAAGGUACCACGUUCAUCUGUACAAACAAUGGUACGCAAGUAUAAACACCAUGGGACCACACAGCCUUCAUACCGCUCAGGAUGCAGACGCGUUGUGUCUCCUAGAGAUGAAUGUACACUGCUCAAAAAAAUAAAGGGAACACUUAAACAACACAAUGUAACUCCAAGUCAACCACACUUCUGUGAAAUCAAAUCAAACUGUCCACUUAGGAAGCAACACUGAUUGACAAUAAAUUUCACAUGCUAUUGUGCAAAUGGAAUAAACAACAGGUGGAAAUUAUAGGCAUUUAGCAAGACACCCCCAAUAAAGGAGUGGUUGACCACAGACCACUUCUCAGUUCCCAUGCUUCCUGGCUGAUGUUUUGGUCACUUUUGAAUGCUGGCGGUGCUCUCACUCUAGUGGUAGCAUGAGACGGUGUCUACAACCCACACAAGUGGCUCAAGUAGUGCAGCUCAUCCAGGAUGGCACAUCAAUGCGAGCUGUGGCAAGAAGUUUUGCUGUGUCUGUCAGCGUAGUGUCCAGAGCAUGGAGGCACUACCAGGAGACAGGCCAGUACAUCAGGAGACGUGGAGGAGGCCGUAGGAGGGCAACAACCCAGAAGCAGGACCGCUACCUCCGCCUUUGUGCAAGGAGGAGCAGGAGGAGCACUGCCAGAGCCCUGCAAAAUGACCUCCAGCAGGCCACAAAUGUGCAUGUGUCUGCUCAAACGGUCAGAAACAGACUCCAUGAGGGUGGUAUGAGGGCCCGACGUCCACAGGUGGGGGUUGUGCUUACAGCCCAACACCGUGCAGGACGUUUGGCAUUUGCCAGAGAACACUAAGAUAGGCAAAUUCGCCACUGGCGCCCUGUGCUCUUCACAGAUGAAAGCAGGUAAACACUGAGCACAUGUGACAGAGUCUUGAGACGCCGUGGAGAACGUUCUGCUGCCUGCAACAUCCUCCAGCAUGACCGGUUUGGUGGUGGGUCAGUCAUGGUGCGGGGUGGCAUUUCUUUGGGGGGCCGCACAGCCCUCCAUGUGCUCGCCAGAGGUAGCUUGACUGCCAUUAGGUAUCGAGAUGAGAUCCUCAGACCCCUUGUGAGACCAUAUGCUGGUGCGGUUGGCCCUGGGUUCCUCCUAAUGCAAGACAAUGCUAGACCUCAUGUGGCUGGAGUGUGUCAGCAGUUCCUGCAAGAGGAAGGCAUUGAUGCUAUGGACUGGCCCACCCGUUCCCCAGACCUGAAUCCAAUUGAGCACAUCUGGGACAUCAUGUCUCACUCCAUCCACCAACGCCACGUUGCACCACAGACUGUCCAGGAGUUGGCGGAUGUUUUAGUCCAGGUCUGGGAGGAGAUCCCUCAGGAGACCAUCCGCCACCUCAUCAGGAGCAUGCCCAGGCGUGUUGUAGGGAGGUCAUACAGGCCCGUGGAGGCCACACACACUACUGAGCCUCAUUUUGACUUAUUUUAAGGACAUUACAUCAAAGUUGGAUCAGCCUGUAGUGUGGUUUUCCACUUUUAAUUUUGAGUGUGACUUCAAAUCCAGACCUCCAUGGGUUGAUAAAUUUGAUUUCCAUUGAUAAUUUUUGUGUGAUUUUUGUUGUCAGCACAUUCAACUAUGUAAAGAAAAAAGUAUUUAAUAAGAAUAUGUCAUUCAUUCAGAUCUAGGAUGUGUUAUUUUUGUGUUCCCUUUAUUUUUUUGAGCAGUGUACUUUGGUGCAAAAAGUGCAAAUCAAUCCCAGAACAACAGAAAAGGACCUUGUGAAGAUGCUGGAGGAAACGAGUACACAAGUAUCUAUAUCCACAGUAAAACGAGUCCAAUAUCGACAUAACCUGAAAGCCCGCUGAGCAAGGAAGAAGCCACUGCUCAAAAACCGCCAUAAAAAUUCCAGACUAUGGUUUGCAACUGCACAUGGGGACAAAGAUCGUACUUUUUGGAUUAAUGUCCUCUGGUCUGAUGAAACAAAAAUAGAACUCAUUGGCCAUAAUGACCCUCGUUGUGUUUGGAGGAAAAGGGGGAGGCUUGCAAGCCGAAGUUCACUAUCCCAACCGUGAAGCACGGGGGUGGCAAGCAUCAUGUUGUGGGGGUGUGUUGCUGCAGGAGGGACUGGUGCACUUCACAAAAUAGCUGGCAUAAUGAGGGAGGAAAAUUAAGGUGGAUAAAUUGAAGCAACAUCUCAAGACAUCAGUCAGGAAGUUAAAGCUUGGUCGCGAAUGGGUCUUCCAAAUGGACAAUGACCCCAAGCAUACUUCCAAAGUUGUAGCAAAAUGGCUUAAGGACAACAAAGUCAAGGUAUUGGAGUGGCCAUCACAAAGCCCUGACCUUAAACCCAUAUAAAAUUUGUUGGCAGAACUGAAAGUGUGUGUGAGCAAGGAGGCCUACAAACCUGACUCAGUUACACCAGCUCUGUCAGGAGGAAUGUGCCAAAAUUCACCCAACUUAUUGUGGGAAGCUUGUGGAAGGCUACCUGAGACGUUUGACCCAAGUUAAACAAUUUAAAGGCAAUGCUACCAAAUACUAAUUGAGUAUGUACACUUCUGACCCACUGGGAAUGUGAUGAAAGAAAUAAAAGCUGAAAUCAUUCUUUCUACUAUUAUUCUGACAUUUCACUUUCUUAAAAUAAAGUGGUGAUCCUAACUGACCUAAGAUUACAUUUUUACUUGGAUUAAUGUCAGGAAUUGUGAAACUGAGUUUAAAUGUAUUUGGCUAAGGUGUAUGUAAACUUCCGACUUCAACUGUAUAUAUAUUUACCCCCAUAUGUUGUUGUUGUCUUCUCUGUUGGAAUCCUCGAUCAUCCUGUAGAGUCUCUGGUUGACUUUCAUUGAAGUCAGUCUUUUGUGGUUGUAGGUGGUUAGGAUGGAUACUUCAGAGUACCAUUAGGAAAUGUUUUCAUAGAUAGAUGCUUCGGCGGUAGUUGGUAAUCUUGUUCUAGGUUUACGUAAUUUCUAGCUGCAGACUAGUAAAUAUACGUCUAAGAUUUGCUCUUAGUCUGUUUGGAUCGAUAGUCUCAUAGUUUAACCUUUUCCAGCCGUGUAGCCAAUGCUCCACGUGAUAUAGUCUUGUCCUUUUGGUGGAGUUGUAUUUUAAACCACUUCACACACCAGCGUCACCCGGCAUGUUUUGGUCUUUUUUUUUUUUUAUUUUUUUUUGGGGGGGGGGUGGAUCAGCUUAAUAUUGCGGAAAGAAUGUUGCUUCCAAUGUAAUUGUCUGCAUCAUUUCCAAUCCCCCAUAUUUUUUGGGGUAAAUAUAUAUAUCCAUUCACGUAUGCAUACAUAUACACAUAUAUACAUACACAUACCUACAUAGACAUACAUACUUUUUUUAAAGAGUAUACCUUUAUUAUUAUUCCCUGCAAACCCUACCACCGAUCCCCCAAUUGGAGUAAACUGAUAAACAUUUCUGUUUUUACCUUCGAUUUAUACAUCUUAUACACAUUUUACAGACACAGUCUACUUUAUAAUAGUUCUCUCUUGUUUGUUCUUAGUCCUUCCUCUAUUUCUGUUGUCCAUCCAGUUUAAUUUCCACUUGUAACUGUGCUAUUUCACAAUAGCUCCGCACCUAUACACAUUUCACAGAUCCCGUAUGCCCUACAUUGUUUAUCUUGUUAUUAGUCCCACCCUUCAGCUCCACUCAACCUUUCCCAUCUAUCUUCCAACAUCAUUCAUUUCGGAUUUUUAUUUGCCAUAUAUUUUUCAACUGUGCUGUGAUGCUUCACAAAAGAUUUGAAUCUUCCUAUUCUCAUAGCUUCCACGGAUUGUAAAUUAAAAAUAAACAUUUUGCUAAAAUAAUUAUUAUAUUAUUGAUUGAUUGACUAUGGCUUUUCAAAUCCCCCAGUAUUGCUAUCUGUAGCGUUAGUUCUACGCAAAUGUUGCAAUUCUUCAACCAUUCCUGGACCUGUGACCAAAAACGAGCUACAUGCGGACAAUACCAAAAUAAAUGGUCUAAUGACUCUGCCUCCUCACAGCAGAAUCUACAGAGCUGAGAAGAUUGUAUCCCCCAUAUAUAUAACAUUCUAUUAGUUGCAAGAAUUUUGUACAAUAAUUUAAAUUGUACAAAAAAAGUUUUGAAUCCGGCGUUGUUUUGCGUAUCAAUUCAUAAACCAUGUGCCAUGGAAUGGGUACAUCGAAAAUCUCUUCCCAACUAUUUUGCAAUUUAUAUGGCACAGCUGUAAGUUUUUUGGUCCUUAAAUGAAAUUGGUAUAUGUUUUUAUUUAUCACACUUUUCUUUAACCAUUUAUGUUCUUUAAUAUAAGGCCGACAUACAAGUUCCUUACUUUUAUCCCCUUCCACCUGCCUCUUCCAUUUUUGUGGUAAUGCUGCAAUUAAUUGGUUGUAAUUUUGGGUAGAGCAGACAUUUCCAUAUGUCUGUGUUAGCUGCAUGUGUGACAUUACUCCACCAGUCCUAUUUAUGAUAUCAUUCACAAAAAUUAUACCUUUUUUAAAAAUUUCUUCGAUAAAUACAGUUUUUUUUUAUCAAUUACUAUAUUUGAAUUUAACCACAAGAUGUGUUGUACUAUUUGUUCCGUCCUUUCAGGUGGAUUAAACUGAAAUUGCAACCAACUUUCUAAGGCUUGUUUAAAAAAUAAAGAUAUUUUGGAGAUUA